AUGCCUCUCCAGCUGGUACUGUUCCAAGAGAUGCCAAAGCAUCGACUGGCCUUUCCCACAAGCUCCUCUGCUCCCGAUACCGCAAUUGCCUGGCCACCCGCCGAUCAGAGGACCACAGGCUCGGCAUCUGGUUUCCCAGAGACACAACCCAGCCAACGCUCAUAUGGGCCCCUAUCUAUUCUCCAGAAUGGGGCUUCCACUGUCCCUGCUUGGACCACUUCCUUGGCCCAAAGCAUGAGCUCCUUUUCACCAUCCCAUUCGUCGAAAACAAAAGAAGAACCGUACAGCUCGACCACUCUCUUACAAUGUACCUGCGACUAUAAUAUUGUGAUUAACAAGUCCGUCCACGCCGCCGUGGAAGAUUGUCAUGGCAUGAGUACGCCUUAUAAUAUGCCCGGCGAGUACGUGGUGAUGAGCGGCCAGCAAGGAUCAUACACGGGCACCGCCAAGCACGAAUUCAAGGACAUAACUCUUGCUGACUUCCGACAUGCGCUCGGCUGGUUCAGUACCUAUUUCGACGAUACGGUCAGAGAGACCUCGAGCGGUGGCUCCUCCGUGCUCGCGGUUCAGGCUAGCAGUCCCUUCAAGCAGAACAGCUCCGUCUCGGGUUCCAUUGCUCGAACCUCCAAACACAGCUGGAGCCAAGGCUCCUCUUACAAAAAAGGCAGCGCCCGCCAUUUCUCGUCGUUCCAAGAUCAGAUCCAAGCUGAAUGCGUGGACAUCUACGUAAUCAACACGCAGCUGCUCUCCCAAGUCCACAGUGAAUCCAACCCCUUGAUCUUCUAUGAGAUCUGGUUCCAUCUGCCGACAAAGCGUGCCCCUGAGCUCCCCCGCGUCGGACUCACGGACCUCGUCUCCUACGAUAUCCGCAAGACAAGUAUUCGCGCCUUACGACGCAAGUUCCACAGUAGGAAAUGGAAGGACACGUGGGAUUCGCUCUGUGGCGCGAUCGGUAUCCAACAGAUCAUGGUCAAUCUCACCAUGACCCAAGCAAAACAUCUGGCGUCGGUUAUUGCCGAAAUAAACAGCAGUGAGUGGGUAAGGUAG